AUAAAUCGAAUCAUUACCAUUUAAAAGCAAAUACUUUUGAUACCUAUUUUCAUUUUCCAUAACCCAAAGCUUAUUGAUAUGGCUUUCUCCAUCCCAUACAACAUCUUCAUCAUCUCGAUCCUCCUCCAUUUCCACUCCACCAAAUCCUACUCAACAUUCCAACCCAAAGCUCUUGUUCUUUCAAUCUCAAAAGAUCCAACCACCCACCAAUACACAACCAACUUAACCCUAAGAACACCCCCAAUUUCCCUCCCCUUAACACUCGAUUUGGGUACCCAAUUCUUAUGGGUCACUUGCAAUAGACUGUACAAAUCCUCCACAUACCACCCAAUUCCAUGUAACUCACCCAAAUGCAUGACCUUACCCAAACCCACAAUCUGUAAAACUUGUAGGACUACCCCUAAACCCGGAUGCAACAUAAACACUUGUAGGACACUCACCCUUAAAAAUCCCAUCACUAAUAUCAAACCACCCUUAGGAGGAGAACUUUCUAAGGACAUUAUCUCAAUCAAUUCUACAAACGGGUCGAACCCGGGUCAAAUAGUUACAAUACCCAAUUUCCUCUUUGUUUGUGCACCUCCUUCAUUAGUACAAGGCCUAACAAAAGGAGUACAAGGGGUUGCCGGAUUUGGAAGGUCUAAAACUUCUAUCCCAAAUCAGUUUUCCUCAUAUUUCCAUUUCCCAAAUAAGUUCUCACUGUGCUUACCUUCAUCCGGGUUCGAAACCGGGGCCGGGUUCUUCGGAUCCGGCCCGUAUAAUUUCUUCCCGGGUAUAGAUCUCACUACAUUACUGUCUUACACACCUCUGUUAACCAACAAAAUCAGACCCUCAGAUUACUACAUUGGAGUAACACAAAUCAAAAUCUUUGAUCAAAACGUACCAAUCAAUAAAUCCUUACUUUCUAUAAAUAGUAAAGGCUAUGGUGGAACAAUGAUAAGUGUUGUUGAUCCCUACACAAUGAUGGAAACUUCUAUUUUCAUGGCGGUUUCUAGAACAUUCAAUAAUGAGCUUACUAAAAAUGGUCAGGUUAAGAGGGUGAACCCGGUUGCACCAUUCGAGUUUUGCUAUGAUCCAUCAACACUCCCUUUUACACGAAUCGGGCCAUUUGGGCCCGAUAUUAACCUGGUGAUGCAAAGUGAGAAGGUGGUGUGGACUAUUUCAGGGCAGAAUUACUUUGUAAGGGCAAGUAAUGAAGCUUAUUGUCUUGGUUUGGUUGAUGGUGGAAAGAAGCCAAAGGCAUCAAUUGUGAUAGGUGGGUUUCAAUUGGAGGAUAAUUUUGUGGAGUUUGAUGUGGGUAAGUCUAGGAUUGGGUUUAGCAACUCUUUGUUGUUUAGUCGUGUAAGAUGCUCCAAUUUCAACUUUACAUCUACUAAUGUGUAGUUGUCCGUUGUCAACUCGGAUAUUCCUUUCUGCCUCUGAUCACUUUAAAAUAUCAUUAUUUAACUUAAAAAUUUAUUAUAUAUUGAGUUGAAUGAUUUUAUUUCGGAAAGAUCGAAAGAGUUUAUGACAAGUUAUUCAUAAUAUGAAAUUAUGUAAGAACCGAGGGAGUAUAUGACGAGUUAUCAAUAAUAUGUAUUUUGUUUCUUUUAACUUGUAAUUAUAUUAUUAUGUUAUUAAAUUAUAACUUGGUUAAUCUUGAUUUGGGUCAAUGAAAAAAGUGAAAUGGGGAAAGGAGAAGAUCACGAUUCACAACAAGCAAUGGAACAUAAGAUUUGAUUUUAUUUUAUUUAAUGUUGGUUUUUUUGCAAUACAUUUAGCUAUGUAUAGGAAUGAAAGGGAUUGGAAGUAAAUAGAAAAUCAUAAGACUAUGGAGUGCUCGAACAAGACAACUUACAACACAAGGUAAUAAGACUAUGUAGAUCAGCAUAUUCCAUGAGAAGAUCAGCAAUGUAUUUCCUUUUGAGACAAUAAAGACCCAAGUGAUGUGCAAAAACUACUUAGUUGCUUUGAUUUCAUUUGUAUCAUUGCCAUCUACACGCAAUUCAUCUACACAUAGAAGCACAAUAGUUAUGUCAGUUUUCUCAGCUUUAACAAUGGGAGUAUUUGGCAAAAUAGCUUAUUGAGUAAUUUUAGCUUAUUUUGAUAAAAUUAAAGGGUUGGAUGGUCAAAUCAGCUAAUGCUAAUGUUUGGUAAAUUAGUUGGUUAAAACAACUUAUUGUUAUGAAUAAGCCGUUUUUGAACAAGCUGCUCAUGGCAGCGGAUUUAAAAUCAGUUGGUCAAACCAGUUAUUAAAAUCAGCUGGUUAAAUCAACCACUAUAAUCAGCUAUUAACUACC